AUGCGCCGGAUGAUCCCCCCAUACACUGGUGGAUCUGAUUAUGGUUAUUCCAUAGAUCUCGAUGGGUCGACGUUGCGCGAGGAAGAGCAUUUUGAGAUUUGCACAGAUGACGAUGGUGAUCAGCUUGUCAACAGAACGGUGUACUUGAUGUUGGGACGAGCUCGAGAUCCAGAGUGCGACAAGUCAGUCGCGCGUAUUGAAGGUCGCGGACCAGUCUCGAGAGUGCCAUCACAUGAUUUCACUGUACUAGACGGCCUGAGCUAUGAAUGCCUGGUUCUCGAGGAGUUCGGCCAGUCAUGCCAAUUUCGUCGCCUGGGCUAUGUCAAGUUCGAGCCAUCCCCUUACAUGUUCGACAAGCUUUCCGUUGACCGAUUUGUCAACCUCCGCGCCCAUGUACGCGACCUCGUCCGUAAGCAGUUCGUACAUGGCAAGCUACCAGACAGCGUGUGCGGUGUUCCAGAUCAAACGGGCAGAUAUACGGUUACGCUGGUCUGA